ACAAGAUGAUCCAUCGUUCUACAUCUACACAAACGCAUACCAAUUUCUGAUUUUGAAAAGAGUGAAAUGGCUCGCACCAAGCAGACCGCUAGGAAGUCCACGGGAGGGAAGGCUCCGAGAAAGCAGCUGGCCACCAAGGCUGCUCGGAAGUCUGCGCCGGCCACGGGAGGAGUGAAGAAGCCCCACAGGUUCAGGCCCGGAACGGUGGCGCUGAGGGAGAUCAGGAAGUACCAGAAGAGCACUGAGCUUUUGAUCAGGAAGCUGCCGUUCCAGAGGCUGGUUAGGGAGAUUGCCCAGGACUUUAAGACGGAUCUGAGGUUUCAGAGCAGCGCUGUGGCUGCUCUCCAGGAGGCGGCGGAGGCGUACCUGGUUGGUCUCUUUGAGGACACCAAUCUCUGCGCCAUUCACGCCAAGAGAGUCACCAUCAUGCCCAAGGACAUCCAGCUCGCUCGCAGAAUCCGCGGCGAGAGAGCUUAGAUUAGUUCCACUAUGACAUGAAAUGGCCAAAUCUAGGUUUUCCACUCUAGGUGUUUCUCCCCGUGCUUUCUUUUCAGGAUACAGUAAUGGAGAUGUAAAUGUUUGGAAAUCUAAUGUUCGAUUGGAUCGCUUUUGUUUCUACUGA